AUGACGAUUACUGGAUCCCGGAUCUACCAUGUGCCUCCUCCACUUCCUGAAACCACCAUCAGGCGAAUUCUUGAACCCACACACCACACUCGCCAGACCCACCUGCCAGCCAUGUCGCGUACCAAACCCCACUCCACACACUGCACGCACCAUCCCGUCCUCCUACGACACCAAGCCGUCUACCUCAUCAGCCUGCUCAUAAAACACGCCCAACAAAUCCAGUUUGACAUCACACGACACAAUAUAAACGACUGGAACAGAGUCACCGAUGAAUUCAACGCGAGAUUCGAGGGGAAACCGUGCACCACUGGCAGUGGGGAAGCGCAGAUGAAGAAAACGGUCGCGAUGCUGUACUGUGCGCUUAUGGAGAACGAGGAAGAGUAUAAAAGACUGUUCGCUGAAGCGGAGCAAGCGUUUCGGGCGGAGAAGAGGAGGGCGGAGAAAGCGAGAGUGGGUUGA